AUGGCCCCAUCACUCAACAGAUUGCUCAAGCUAGCUGGAAGGAACCCAAAGUCGUCUCAAUCUGCUUUGAAGGCUUCUGCGGCCCCUCCUUCGUCCGGGUUCACUUUCAUCGACAACUCACAAGGUGCAUCAGCGGCAGUGGCUGAGCUUUCUAGUGCAUUGGGAGAUAUUUCUGAUAUCUUCAAUCUCGAUGAGGAGCUUGAGCCCCAAUUGCAACUACUAACCACGCAGCUCGACAACGAGGGGUCGCAAUAUUCCAACUCCCAGGUUAAGGAUGAACAAUGUCAACCUUGGUCAUGUACCCAACAGAAGGCUCGCUUGAUUGCGAUAGCCUGGAAUUGUGCCGAUCACUCAUACAGCAAAACAUUCAAUGACCCUGCGCAAGCAACGCGAGUCUUCGAAAACUGCUUGUUGACUCAAGAUUAUGUGACUGCGCCGACCAGUGAUGGAACUGUCAAAACUGUUGUAUUCACUACAGUGUCACCGAAAGACUCCUCAAGCGACGUGGGGCCCAUUCUUGUCAUUGCCAUUCGAGGCAGUGCAAGUAAAGUUGAUCAUAUGGUGAAUUCGAACGGGGAUCCUCGGGAUGACCCAUCCCGCUUCCUCGAAUCAGGCUCCAAGCGCAGUAUCCAAGCCCAUUCCGGCUUCUUAGGAUGCACUGCAGCUUUGGACUCCAUUGUCUCGAGAAGAAUACAAAAAUACAAGCAGAGCGGGGCGGGUAGCCAAGUUCUGUUUACCGGUCACUCUGCAGGAGGGGCAGUGGCUUCGUUGCUUUUUCUGAGAAGCCUCUCCACCUCCACGGACGACUCCCCAUGCUUCUCGUGCAUAACAUUCGGAGCACCCCCAACAGUCUCCCCUCCCGUCAAUCUCGAUCAUAUUUCAUCGUCCGGUGGCGGGGUGUGUUUGAAUAUCAUAAAUGAGUUUGAUCCUGUCACUCGAGCCGACAAGCCAUACAUACUCAGCCUGGUGAACUUGAUCAAAAGGAUGUACCACCAACCCCCUAUCUCCGAUCCAUCCAUCGAUGCACAAGCUCCAUGUCUAUCUAUAGACUCUGAACCAGGGGAGAUUUCGUGGCCUCUUCCUCGAGCUGUUCUCUUCCAUGUCGGGCCAAGGAUUCUACUGCGAAAAAGGCUGGUGGGAGAUGAAAUUGAGCUUCAGGCAGCAGAGAUAUCUCAGUCUGAAUUUGAGAAGCUACUCUUCUGUGGGGCUGCCGUGCACAAAAGGGUGGAUUAUGGUGCUAGGGUAGAUGCACUAGUUAAUGGUCGUUUCAACGGUGCUGAGAGAUGGGGUUGA